AUGAGUCAACAGGAGCCCUAUGAGUGGGCUAAACACCUAUUGGACACUAAGUACAUCGAAAAAUACAACAUUCAGAACUCAAACACACUGUCUUCACCACCUGGAUUUGAAGGCAAUGCCUCCAAAGGAAAUAUCACAAAAAAACAGCAAGAUGCCACUUCCCAGACUAGUUCUUUGGCUCAAAAAAACCAAAUAACAAUUUUACAAGCACAGAAAGCAUGGCAAAUUGCGUUGCAACCAGCCAAGUCUAUUCCAAUGAAUAUUUUCAUGUCGUAUAUGUCUGGUACAUCCUUACAAAUAAUUCCUAUAAUGACUGCCCUCAUGUUACUCUCUGGACCCAUUAAGGCAAUUCUAUCGACAAGAAGUGCAUUUAAACCAGUGUUGGGUAAUAAAGAAACACAGAGUCAAGUGCAAACUGCUAUGUUCAUGUAUAUCGCUUUCCAAGGUGUUUUAAUGUAUAUUGGGUAUAGAAAACUGAAUUCAAUGGGCCUCAUCCCUAACGCUAAGGGUGAUUGGCUAUCUUGGGAACGAGAUGUUUGUUAUAAUAAAGGAUUAAAAUGGUUUUCUGACUGA